UGCAAUACAAAAACAAUAACUGUCUUUAGUACGUUUACCAAACUCCUUCAAAAAUGUCAUAUUGAUAAAACAUUUUGCUAGAAUUUUACAUAAAAUCAUGUCCCAACAUUCUCAUGUCCACAGAAGCAGCAUUAGUCAGCAUUCUAGAUCUGCAAGCCGUAUUAUGAACGAUGCUGACGAUCUAGCAGAUGCAGAUUUAAUUAAACAGUUGAACGACCUGAAACAGCAAAUCCGAAUACUAAGACUUGAGAACGAAAUUCUCGAGAGGACAAUAAUGAGACUGGAACCAUCAUUAAUGCAUGGAAUACAGCAAGCCUUGGAAUAUGCUGCGAAGAUGCAAAGCACAUCAUCUCUAAACGUCGGAAGUUUUGUCAAAUCUCAAACUUCCAGAUUUGGCACGGAAUCUGUUACAAGUCCUUCAAGAAUGCUAACUAGUCCAUCCAAGGUUUCUACAAGGAAGGCAGAAUCUAUUGCCAAAUUCAGUGGAACGGUCGUAUUUGGAUCAGGUGCCAGAAUUAACGUUCUUGAAAGAUCGGAACUUGUAUCUACGGAGAUGGAGAUUCUGAUCAACAAUUUGGAAAGAGCUAGAAAUAAAGCAGCGAAACAGCAUGCUUUGUUAAAAGCGCAGUUGGAAGAGAUUGGUGUAAGAGAAGUUGAAAUACAAAAAUCGAGCGAAUUGUUCCAAAAAGAGGUAAUCGAAGAAGGGUGGGAUAAAAUAGCCCAGAGGAUACCUGCUGAAAUUUGGAUAAGAUUUAUGACAGAAUGGGUGAAGGCAAUUGAUGGACAGAUUGGUAAGUUAAGGCUUCGAACCAGUACUCUAAAUACCCAGUAUAGCAAACUGAAAGGGCAGAUAAAAGUCAAAGCAGAAUUAAGUGAGAGUCUUCGCCCCGUAGACUUUCAAAAAUUGAGAAUAGAAAAUGAUGAAUGCCAAGAAAUUAUCGAAACUAAGCUAGUACAGUUGGCCGAGUUGAAAAAGAUGACUGGAGAUGCUAACUUGAAUCUAACGAUACAUAAAAAGGCAAUGAUUGAACAGAACGGCUAUUUAGCAAACGUUGUGAAGUCUAUAAAAGAUAAACAGAAAAUGACUGUUGAGUUGGAUAAAGAAAGAGACGCUAUUCAAGUCCAGGCUGACAAUUUGGCGCAGAAAUUGGAUACUGUUAAAAAAAUAAGAGCGGCGUUUGAAGUUCCGGAUAUAAUGGACUACGUUAAUAUAAAAUCUGAGGUAUCCGAUUUGAAGUAUAGUAUCAAGUUAUUGGAAAAUAGGGUUCAUAUACAGCAGAUUUCGUUGUCGUCACUUAAUAGAAAAUUGAAUUUGAUUCAUUCUAGUUAAUGUUGUUUGUUUUUUAGACUUAUAUUUUAUUGUUAUUAAAUGUAAUGUAAUUGCGUAA